CGCCGCCCGCGCUCACUCGCAGCUCGAGCGGCGCCGCGAGGUCCACCCGCGCCGCAGCGGCCGGAGAUGCAGCGGGGCGCCGCGCGGGGGCUGCGCCUGUGGCUCUGCCUCGGACUCCUGCACGGUCUGGUGAGCGGCUACUCCAUGACACCCCCGACCCUGAACAUCACAGAGGAGGUGCAUGUCAUCGACACCAGUGACAGCUUAUCCAUCUCCUGCAGGGGUCAGCACCCCCUCGAGUGGGCCUGGCCAGGGGCUCAGGAGGUGCCGGCCACAGAGGACAAGGACGGGGAGGACACAGGGUUGGUGAGAGACUGUGAGGGCACGGACACCAGGCCCUACUGCAAGGUGCUGCUGCUGCACGACGCACAAGCCAACAACACGGGCAGCUACCGCUGCUACUACAAGUACAUCAAGGCCCGCAUCGAGGGCACCACAGCUGCCAGCACCUACGUGUUCGUGAGAGACUUCAAGCAGCCGUUCAUCAACAAGCCCGAUACACUCCUGGUCAACAGGAAGGACUCCGUGUGGGUGCCCUGCCGGGUGUCCGUCCCUGGCCUCAACGUCACGCUGCGCUCGCAAAGCUCAGUGCUGUGGCCAGACGGGCAGGCGGUGGUGUGGGAUGACCGGCGGGGCAUGCGGGUGGCUACACUGUUGCUGCGAGAUGCCCUAUACCUGCAGUGUGAGACCACCUGGGGCAGCCAGGACUUCCUUUCCAACCCCUUCCUCGUGCACAUCACAGGCAACGAGCUCUAUGACAUCCAGAUGUUCCCCAAGAAGUCGCUGGAGCUGCUGGUCGGGGAGAAGCUGGUCCUGAAUUGCACCGUGUGGGCCGAGUUCAACUCGGGCGUCGCCUUCGACUGGGACUACCCGGGCAAGCAGGCAGAGCGGGGGAAGUGGGUGCCGGAGCGGCGCUCCCAGCAGACGCACACAGAGCUGUCCAGCAUCCUGACCAUACUCAAUGUCAGCCAGCACGACCUGGGCCCUUACGUGUGUGAGGCCAACAAUGGCAUGCAGCGAUUCCGGGAGAGCACUGAAGUCAUUGUGCAUGAAAAGCCCUUCAUCAGCGUUGAGUGGCUCAAGGGACCAGUCAUGGAGGCCACAGCAGGAGAUGAGUUGGUGAAGCUGCCUGUGAAGCUGGCAGCAUACCCGCCACCGGAGUUCCAAUGGUACAAGGACAGAAAGGCAGUAUCUGGACGCCACAGUCCGCACGCCCUGGUGCUCAAGGAAGUAACAGAGGCCAGCGCGGGCAUCUACACCCUCGCCCUGUGGAACUCCGAGGCCGGCCUGAGGCGCAACAUCAGCCUGGAGCUAGUGGUGAACGUGCCCCCCCACAUCCAAGAGAAGGAGGCGUCCUCCCCCAGCAUCUAUUCCCGUCACAGCCGUCAGGCCCUCACCUGCACAGCCUACGGGGUGCCCCCACCUCUCAGCGUCCAGUGGCACUGGCGGCCCUGGACGCCCUGCAAGACGUUUGCCCAGCGAAGCCUCAGCCAGCGGCAACAGCGAGACCGCAUACCACAGUGCCACGACUGGAGGGAGGUGACCACACAGGAUGCUGUGAACUCCAUCGAAAGCCUGGACACCUGGACCGAGUUUGUGGAGGGGAAGAAUAAGACUGUGAGCAAGCUGGUGAUCCAGGAUGCCAACGUGUCUGCCAUGUACAAGUGUGUGGUCUUCAACAAGGUGGGCCAGGACGAGCGGCUUAUCUACUUCUAUGUGACCACUAUCCCCGAUGGCUUCAGCAUCGAAUCAGAGCCAUCUGAGGAGCCCCUAGAGGGCCAGGCCGUGCGCCUGAGCUGCCGAGCGGACAACUACACCUACGAGCACCUGCGUUGGUACCGCCUCAAUCUUUCCACGCUGCACGAUGCUCAAGGGAACCCGCUGCUGCUCGACUGCAAGAACGUGCACCUGUUCGCCACCCCGCUGGCCGCCAGCCUGGAGGAGCCCGCGGCUGGGGCGCGCCACGCCACGCUCAGCCUGAACAUCCCCCACGUGGCACCCGAGCACGAGGGCGACUAUGUGUGCGAGGUGCAGGACCGGCGCAGCCACGACAAGCACUGCCACAAGAAGUACCUGUCAGUGCAGGCCCUUGAAGCCCCUCGGCUCACGCAGAACUUGACCGACCUCCUGGUGAACGUGAGCGACUCCCUGGAGAUGCGGUGCCUGGUGGCCGGAGCGCACGUGCCCAGCAUCGUGUGGUACAAAGACGAGAGGCUACUGGAGGAAGAGUCUGGUAGUGAGGGUGGUCAGGCAAAGGGCGGGGUCCGGAGGCCUGCAAGGCCAAUCAUCCCUUCUCCUCUCCCUGCCAAACUUGCAUCUCCACCCCACCCUACCCCUGCAGGAAUCGACUUGGCAGACUCGAACCAGAAGCUCAGCAUCCAGCGCGUGCGCGAAGAGGACGCGGGACGCUAUCUGUGCCGCGUGUGCAACGCCAAGGGCUGCGUCAACUCCUCCGCCAGCGUGGCCGUGGAAGGCUCGGGGGACGGAGGCAGCAUGGAGAUCGUGAUCCUCGUAGGCACCGGAGUCAUCGCGGUGUUCUUCUGGUUCCUUCUUCUCCUCAUCUUCUGUAACUUGAGGAGGCUGGCCCACGCAGACAUCAAGGCGGGCUACCUGUCCAUCAUCAUGGACCCCGAGGAGGUGCCUCUGGAAGAGCAGUGCGAAUACCUGUCCUACGACGACAGCCAGUGGGAGUUCCCCCGGGAGCGGCUGCACCUCGGGAGAGUGCUCGGCCGCGGCGCCUUCGGGAAGGUAGUAGAAGCCUCGGCUUUCGGCAUCCACAAGGGCAAUGGCUGUGACACCGUGGCCGUGAAAAUGCUGAAAGAGGGAGCCACAGCCAGCGAGCACCGCGCCCUGAUGUCAGAGCUCAAGAUCCUGAUUCACAUCGGUCACCACCUCAACGUGGUCAACCUCCUGGGGGCGUGCACCAGGCCCAACGGGCCCCUCAUGGUGAUCGUGGAGUUCUGCAAGUACGGCAACCUCUCCAACUUCCUGCGCGCCAAGCGGGAGGCCUUCGACCCCGGCGCGGAGAAGCCCCCGGAGCAGCGGAGGCGCUUCCGCGCCAUGGUGGAGGGCGCCAGGGCGGAUCGGAGGCCGGGCAGCGGCGACGGGGCCCUCCUCGCGCGGUUCCUGACGGGCCCGGGCGGCGCGCGGCGGGCCGCCCCCGCGCAGGAAGCCGAGGACCUGUGGCUGAGGCCCCUGACCAGGGAAGACCUUGUCUGCUACAGCUUCCAGGUCGCCCGAGGGAUGGAGUUCUUGGCCUCCCGCAAGUGCAUCCACAGAGACCUGGCUGCUCGGAACAUCUUGCUGUCCGAGAGCGACGUGGUGAAGAUCUGCGACUUCGGCCUGGCCCGAGACAUUUACAAAGACCCCGACUACGUCCGCAAGGGCAGCGCCCGGCUGCCCCUGAAAUGGAUGGCCCCUGAGAGCAUCUUUGACAAGGUGUACACCACGCAGAGCGACGUGUGGUCCUUUGGGGUGCUGCUCUGGGAGAUCUUCUCCCUGGGGGCCUCCCCCUACCCUGGGGUGCAGAUCAACGAGGAGUUCUGCCAGCGGCUGAAAGACGGCACCCGGAUGAGGGCCCCAGAGCUGGCCACUCCUGCCAUACGCCGCAUCAUGCUGAGCUGCUGGUCUGGAGACCCCAAGGCAAGGCCUGCAUUUUCAGAGCUGGUGGAGAUCCUGGGAGACCUACUCCAGGCCGGGGGCCAGCAGGAGGAAGAGGAGGACCACAUGGCCCUGUGCAGCUCUCAGAGCUCGGAGGAGGGCAGCUUCCUGCAGGCGUCCACCACUGCCCUGCACGUCACCGUGACCGAUGCCCAGGACAGCCCGCCGAGCCUCACUGCCAGAUAUUACAAUUGUGUGUCCUUUCCUGGGUGCCUGGCCAGAGGGACUCAGAGCCAGGGUCCCUCCAGGAUGAAGACGUUUGAAGAAUUCCCCAUGACCCCGACGGCCUACAAAGCCUCUGUGGACAACCAGACGGACAGUGGGAUGGUGCUGGCCUCGGAGGAGUUUGAACAGAUAGGGAGCAGGCAAAGACAAGCCAGCGGGUUCAGCUGUAAAGGACCUGGCCGGGACGUGGAUGUGACCAGGGUGCACUCUGACCCCCAAGGGAGGCAGCAGCGGCCCGACCGGGGAGCCCGAGGAGGCCAGGUGUUUUACAACAGCGAGUACGGGGCGCUGUCGCAGCCAUGCAAGGACAACUGCGCCCCAUCUGCCCACGCGACCUUCUUCACGGACAACAGCUACUAAGGCAGCGCAGGACCAAGGCCCUGCUCUCUGCUGACCCUGGGCUCCAACAACUGGGGGCAGUACCUGGCCAGGCCAGCAGAGGGCUGGAGGCCCAGAUCGGGCACUCAUCUCAUUUAGCUCUGGCCAAAGAGAAGCGCCCUCUUCCCUGUCCGCAGCCCCCCUCCCCGGCUGGGAGAGCAGGACCCCAGGCUUCGGGCACCAUGCCUGCCCAGGGCCACCCUGCAAUGCCCUGGCCCCGCUCUCCCUCAGACUCAGCUGUCAUUGAGCUCAGUGUCCACAGGGACGGCCCCAAGCUGGGCACGUCCAUGAAUAAUAUCCCCUUGAUGGCCUCCUUUCUGCACAGUGGGUGGGCGGUAUGACACCCAUUUUCUGAUAAGGAAUAUGUGGGUCUGAGAGUCACACAGGGGUCCAGGUAAAGCCAGACUUGAGCCAGCUCUCACAGCCCCUGCCCGCAGCGCUGCCCCACCCACAGGCAUGUGCCGCUGCCCUUCCUGCACAGCUUUCCUCCCCCCGCCAGGGAGGUGUGUGUUUCCUUCCCAAAGCAACAGUGAGGUGUCGGGUCCCCUCCUGAGCCCGACCAAACAGCUGACUGUCCCGUGCGGUGGCCAUCUGUACCUGAGGGACCAGGUCCAGAGUGAAUCAGCACCCCGACCCUGAAUGAGAAAGACCAUCCGAUGGGGCUUUUUCACUAGAACUAAAGAGAUUAUUUCAGCUGCUGUGAAGAAUUUCCUUUUCAAAAUUCAGUCUGAAGGGAGCCCGGGAGCAGCGAUUCUCAGCCCCAAGUGGGGCUGUCAGAGCAGAUGCUCUCUCUGGAGAAGGCCCCCAGUCUCCCCACCUGGUCCACAGUGUGGAGAACCAGCUGAUGGUCUAGAGCCACCUCGUGUGGCUCUAACCUCCCUCAGGACUGGCCCUGCCCCUGAGGUGCCUCCCAGACAUGGGAGCCCUCACAGGAAACCGGCGCUGUGAGCCGCACGGAGGAAGGCCUUGGAGCUGGCACUGCAUGGUGACACUCAGCAGCCAGUGGGUGUUCUUGUGGCCCUGGGGGCCCUGACUUGGACACCCUAGCAGAUCAAGCCUGCCCCCUCACAGGGGGGCACCAGAGAUCCCCUGGAGGCUGGGACCAUCCCGCCCAGGCCUCCCAUCCCGCCCAGGCCUCCCAUCCCGGCUCACACCGCCCAGCACCCCUACCAGGAGAGACCCUCCAGCGAGUUCCUACCCAAAGACCGACCCGCCCUCCCGCAGACGCUUGCAGGACAGGCGGCUGCGCACGCGCAUGGGCUUGCUCGGCAGACCCUCCGAUUGCAGCUGCGUGCGUGGCUGUAAUUGCGUCCCGUGCCCCUCCCCUCCCUCUGCACGUCACCUGGCUGUGGGACCCGCCUCUGGCCUCUCCCGGGGAGCCCUGGCUGCUGCCCACAGAGGACCGGAGCCCGGGCUUACCACCUGUCUGUGCCACGUCCCCUCCUGUCGCAUAACUGCAUGCCCACACAUGUACCUGGGAAGAAAAUCUACUAUGCCUUUGUAGACGAUGUUCUCUGAAAAGACGGAAUAUAUUUAAUGAGAGAUAAUAAUAAACUUGAUGCCAGUCUUGAAGUCCCA